CCGAAACCCCGACUCCCCGCCGCCGCCGCCGGUGAUGGGGAUCUCCGAGUCCGAUGAGCUCCGGGCAUUCGAGGCCACCGGAAUCUACCGUCUCGCCGAAUCCGGCGCUGCUUUCCUCGACCCCGUCCGCAUCCUCAACGCGUCCUACCGCCGCUUCCGCCUCGUCCCUUCUGCGUACUACUCCCGAAGCUUCGGCACGUCGCGUCAGGGAGGCGAAGCGGAAACCGAACGAACUGGGGAGGCGUCUCCAGAACGGAAGAAGCGGAAGCGGAAGCGGCAGCGGCAGCCGAAGCCCAGGGAACUGAACGAAGUGGAGCGGAUGGCAGAAGCUCGGCACCAGGAAGCAAGGCCUUUGCUAUCGAGCGCACACAAAUCACUGCUUAAGGCUAAAGAUCUACUGGAGUUCCUUCCGAGGAUGAUCAAGGAAGAUGUGCGCAUGCUUGAUGUGGAAAGUAAUUUGGAGAAGAAUCUUGUUGAACUUGGGAGCUCAUGGCGAGCGCCUUUAUGUGAGAUGACUCUUUGCUUUCAGAAGUCUUCUGGUGAGGAUAGUGAGGAAGGUAUCUGCCAUAAGACAUCCACUCCACUGUUUAAUAGUACAAUCAGUAUCGAAGAAAAUGAUGACGCAGAAGGAGAAUUUCAGGAUAGACGUUAUAUUUUACCAAGACGAUGUUGUUUCUUGAUGACUGACCUCAAACAUGUCCGUGGUCUAAUUCCUGAUAAUUACAAUCAAGGUUACAACCUUAUAGUUGUUGAUCCACCUUGGGAGAAUGGAUGUGUUCGUCAGAAAGUAGCGUACCCUACACUUCCCAACAGACAUUUCUUGUACCUUCCAGUACAAGAACUUGCCCAUCCAGCUGGAGCUCUUCUAGUUUUGUGGAUUACAAAUCGGGAGAAACUUUGGAAGUUUGUUGAGGAGGAGUUAUUUCCUGCUUGGGGAGUGAAAGAUCAUACUGUGUUCUAUUGGCUGAAGGUGAAGCCAGAUGGUUCGCUGAUUGGCAAUCUAGACUUGCUCCAUCACAGGCCUUAUGAGUGCCUCCUUGUUGGCUACAUAAAUCUUAACAAAGAGGCCGUACGAGGUUCAAAAUUCAAGUUUUUGGAAGAAAGGCGGGUAAUUAUGAGUGUACCAGGUGCUCACUCAAGGAAACCUCCCCUCCAGAAAUUACUUUCAGAAUAUAUACCAGGUCCUAAACCUGCAAGGUGCAUUGAGCUUUUUGCCAGAGAGUUGGUUUCUGGUUGGACCUCUUGGGGAAAUGAGCCACUCCGUUUUCAGGAUGCAAUGUACUUUUUUAAUAAGCAAGAGCAUGAUGUGCACAGUUAUGACGAAGACCACAAGCUGAACUCGUGGAAUACAGUUGCUGCGCUGCAGUUUGACCUCUCAGAUUUAGCCCCUAUUCUGGAUUUGGAUCCAUCCUGUACCAAACAUUCCCGUGUCAAUUGGUACAAAAUCUUGAUAGAAUAUAAUGGUGUCUAUGGCCAAGGCUAUUUCUCGUGUCACUCUCUUCUUGACGUACACAGCCUUUGCCAUUCUCAUUGGAGGAGUGCAUCUGCAGAAUGUGCGUGUCGAGCAGCAGAAUGGAGAAGCAGCAGCAUCAGCUCUAUGCCUCUACGUGUGGCAACGCUUGUGCGUAACGGCACGAGGCGUUGGACCCAAGGCACCAAAUCCCCUUAUCCCUCGUCGUGCCGAGGCCGUUGCACCCGCCGCCGACCGCGACGUCCAGCCCGACGCGACCGACCUUGCCGACGAGGCGACGACGCCGUAAAUCCAAAUGACGCAUCUGCCCCUGCCAGAGCGUUCGGGAUUUGCAGGCAGGGGCAGUUCCGUCCUCUCACAGACGUUUCAAAAAAUCCUUAUUACGAGCCGAUCAUCCCCGCGCCUGCUCCAAAUCACUGCAAUUGCAGAGCUCAAAGGCUUGCUUCCGAGAUGCCAGGCCUAAGGCCCGAGUCUCCGGCAAUCCCAUCGCCAGAGCUCCGCCGUGUCCGGACGUCGUUCACCGGAGCUUCUUCCUGGGUAGCCACGACUGCCAUGGGUAAGGUGGUACGAUCAGCCAAUGCGCCGGUCGAGCCGAAGGCGAAGGUAGAGGAUGUGGAGAAGCAGAGGAGGAGGGGUAAGGGAGGUUGCAAUGGGACCGUCUCGUCGGCGAGGUGUAGGAGCCCACCGCCGUCUCCUGUCAGCCCGGAGCUGGGGAAGACGAGGUGUUCAUGGAUCACAGUCAACUCUGAACCCCUUUAUGUUGCUUUCCAUGAUGAAGAAUGGGGAGUUCCAGUUCAUGAUGACCAGAAGCUGUUUGAGCUGCUUACCUUAUCACAAGCCUUAGCUGAAAUCACCUGGCCUAUCAUUCUGAACAAGAGGGACGAAUUCAGGGAGAUGUUUGAUGGUUUCAACUAUGCAUCAGUGUCUGAGUUCACGGACAAGAAGAUAAACCUUUUGUCGAAAUCAAAUGGAAACAUGCUACUUUCGGAGCAAAAGAUACGGGCUGUUGUAACAAAUGCCAAGCAAAUGCAUAAGGUAAUCCAGGAUUUCGGAUCGUUCAGCAACUACUGUUGGAGCUUCGUAAAACACAAACCCGUCAAAAGCAACUUCCGCUAUGCUCGCCAAGUACCUAUCAAGACGCCCAAAUCUGAGGCCAUAAGCAAGGGCCUGAUGCGACGAGGCUUCCAAUGCGUUGGCCCUACGACAAUCUACUCCUUCAUGCAGGUUUCUGGCAUCGUUAACGACCAUCUGUCAUGCUGCUUCAGGUUUCAGGAUUGCAGAGAUAUCAAAAGGAACCUGAGAGCUGAGCCAGGAUUGAUAGAAAGAAGGUUGAACUCACCGCCUUCCUCAGAAGACUCUGAAACUAGCAGGGAGGCGUGACUGGUGCUCACUACUGAACUUAUUAACCUGAAUUACAUCGGUAUUCAAGAACGUAACUAUAUGAUUCUUUGCUGGUUUGUCCUCAUUGGGUGAUUAUUUUGUGUUGUAUGUUGUAGCCAUGACAGUUUGAGCUAUGCAUUUUAUGUUGUCACUCCUUGAGCAAUGUAUAUUGUAUAGGUUGUUGUACAGAUCGUUUGACGAAACAGUGCGGUAUAGUUUGUUUGGGGACUUGACUUGUAACAUACCUGUAUAUUAUAUAAACUAGCAUUGGAUGGUUUUGAUGUAUCA